UGAUAUUUGCAGGCCGUGAACCUCUUCCCCAUACACUUGCUUUUGACAAUGGAUAUGGAUUACGAGGUUGGCGAACCAAGCGCCAAACGAAUGCGCGUCGAGCAUAAAGAACCAGAUAGUCGACCAUUCAGCUCCUUCCUCUCCAGUUCUUCUUUUCGAAGAUCGAAAAAGCAUCCCGUAUUAUCCGACAAAAAACUCAUAGUUUACAAUCUCAAAGUGGAACGACCGCCACUUCCUGACCAAUUCGAGGAAGAUGCCUGGACUAAGCUGAAGCAAGCCAUUCAUGCGAUCCAGAGUCAUACAAAACCUACGGAAAGUCUUGAAGUGCUUUAUCAGCUAUGUGAGAACCUAUGUCAGUACAACCUUGGGGAAAAGCUAUGCGAUCAGUUUUAUGCAGAGUGUAGCAGUUAUGUCAAACAAGAGUUCGCAAAACUAGAAAACGAUACUACCGAGGAUGGAAGGACUUACUUAAAGUCUGUAGAUGUAUGGUGGAGAACUUACUGCGAUCAAUUGUCGCAAAUUCGUGCUAUAUUCCUGUACUUGGAUCGUACCACUGCUGCCUCUUUAUAUGGCUCACUAUGGAACUUGGGUAUGAUAAUGUUUGGAGAAGUAUAUCAGGAUUGUCAGAAAGUACGACAGCGAGUGAUUGAGAACGCUCUUGAUCUUGUCCGAUGCGAAAGAGAUGGCAAGGAUGCAGACUCACCAUUGCUGCAAUCGGUGCUACACAUGUUAAUCGAUCUCAAACGGUACCACAGAGAUUUCGAGCCUCGCCUGCUGGAAGAGUCCAAAAAUUACUAUGACGCAGAAGGCAAUCGACUUGUGCAGGAAAUGGAUAUGUCCAUGUACUUGGAACACGUUGCCUAUCGUAUCCAUCAAGAAGUUCAGCAUGUCAAUACCAAGAAGCUGUUUGAUAAAUCCACCAAAGUCCCACUUAAUUCGAUCGUUGAACAUGAACUUUUGACGAAACGUAGUAAAUGUAUUUUGGACAAAUGCUUCACUUCAUUCAUGCAAAAUAACAGUGAGGAAGAUUUGUCAUUGCUGUAUCGACUACUACGGAAAGUAAACUCCUUAGAUACCUGCGUCAAGUUUUUUGGUGACUACGUUAAAAAAGAAGGUGUAUCAAUGCUUAAGAAGCGAGGGGUUUCUGAUAAGGAGGUGGUUCCUUUGAUCUCGGCAUUUAAACGCAAAACCGACAUUAUCAUGCGUCACAGCUUUGAAGGUGAUGAACGGUUCUUUGACGCUCGUAAAGAAGGAUUCCGUUACUUUAUCAAUUUACGCGAACACCGUACUGCACGGUUGCUGUCAGCAUACACAGAUCACGUAAUGCGAAACUCAGAUAAGACGGAGGACAAGCUAGAGAAAGGCCUUGAACAAGCCAUGGCAAUUUUCAGGCUUUUGCACGGCAAGGAUUAUUUCCAAGCGCUUUACCGACGAGAUCUUUCCAAACGGUUGCUCCUUGAAGUCAAGAGUCGCAAUGCAGAGAAAAGCAUGUUAACAAAACUGCGAAAAGAAUGUGGGUUGGCAUACACUAGUAAACUUGAAGGCAUGCUACGAGACAUCAAAUAUUCGCAUGAUAUGCUCAAUGAAUUUAAGGCAACUCCUGCAUACAGUCAAACCGAUAUAUCCUUUACUUUCAAAGUAAACAUACUAACAUAUGGUUUCUGGCCAUCAUACACACCUAUCCAUAUCAAUUUGCCUGAAGAGUUUGAUAAAAUUCAAACAAAAUACCAAGAGUUCUAUAAUGCAAAGUAUUCAGGACGACGCCUUACAUGGCAGAACUCACUCGGUGUAUGCGACGUCACCGCCAAUUAUCCGCUGGGUGUGCAAGAGCUGACACUGACGUUACUCCAAACAGUCGUGUUACUCAUUUUUAAUGAUGAUUCUAAAACGUCUUUGUCCUUCUCUGAAAUUUUGCAAGCUACAAAUCUUGAUGAGCUGGAACUGCGACGAACAUUAAAAUCUCUGGCUUGUGGGGAACAUAAGCUGAUAGUCAAGUUCCCAGACGGAGAAAAUGUGGAUGAUACGGAUACGUUCACAUAUAAUGAAGGAUAUGCAAGCUCAUUACAGCGUGUACGGAUGAACACUGAUAAGCUCAAGGAAGUCAUUGAAAGCAACACAACCAUGCCACGAACAGUGCUAAUAUCGCGAGAUCAACAGACGGAUGCUGCCAUUGUAAGAAUUAUGAAAGCAAAACGACAACUUAGUCACGGGGCGUUAUUGGGAGAAGUAGUGCGACAAAUCCAAUUUCCAGCAACGGCUCAGGAUGUAAAGAAGCGAAUCGAAUCGCUAAUCGAAAAAGAUUAUUUGAUGCGAACAGAAGACGACGGAUACCAAUAUCUUGAGUGAUAGCAAUAGUGGUUCUAUGUUUUCUGCUGGAAUAAAGCAAUAACAUAUAUUUCAUCAGUAAUAUAUACAGGUUGAUGCGUGCAAAAUUAUCAUGAUAAUUAGGUACCUUUCCAAGUGACAAUACCUGCAUUUAUAAACGCUGUCAAUGUAGGCAAAGGACCAUACACAGGCUGAGUCAAACACUGCCAUUGCGAAGCUAUCGAGUUGUCAAACCCAGGGACUCCAUGACCUCAUUCGCACACAUGGUCAACAGAAAACCCGACUUGGCUGUGAAAGUAUACAAUCAAGGUCUCUUGUCUGCACAAAAGGAUCAUUUUGAAUAUAGUCAAUUGUCCGAGAUAAAAUAAAGGCUAUCCGUC